GAAAACAAACAAAACUAACUGCGCCUGAAGCUCUCUCUGCGUGUGUGAGUGCGUGAGCCACCCAACUAUGGAAUCUUUAGCCGUCUUCAACUCCUCACUCUCACUCUGCUCUCCCUCAGACGACCACUUCAUCCCAAAGCACCCUCGACCCUCCCCUACGACGACGUUUCCCGGCCCCAGAAUCGCCAUGCCCAAGCUCGAGGUCCGCUGCUCCGCCCAAGCCCAAUCCGCAGAGCCCAAGCCCAAGGAGGCCAAGCUCUGGGGCGGCCGCUUCGAAGAGAGCGUCACCGACGCCGUCGAGCGCUUCACCGAAUCCAUCUCCUACGACAAAGCUCUCUACAAGCAGGACAUUUUGGGCAGCAAGGCCCACGCUUCCAUGCUAGCCAAACAGGGAUUGAUUACUAUUCCCGACCGGGAUAGCAUCCACCAAGGGCUGAGCGAGAUCGAGAGGCGAAUCGAGAACGGCGAGUUCGAGUGGAGGACGGACAGAGAAGAUGUGCACAUGAACAUCGAAGCGGCGCUGACCGAUUUGAUCGGCGAACCGGCGAAGAAGCUCCACACAGCUCGGAGCCGAAACGACCAGGUCUUGACCGAUUUUCGGUUGUGGUGCCGAGACGCGAUCGAUGCCAUCGGCGCGAAGAUUAAGCAUCUUCAGGUUUCGCUCGUCAAAUUGGCGAUGGAGAACGAGGGUGUGAUUGUUCCUGGGUACACGCAUUUGCAGAGGGCUCAACCUGUUCUGCUUCAGCAUUUGCUCUUGGCGUUUGUGGAGCAGCUUGAACGUGAUGCUGGUCGUUUACUAGAUUGCAGAGUGAGGCUGAAUUUCUGCCCUUUAGGUGCUUGUGCAUUGGCUGGCACUGGACUUCCAAUUGAUCGGUUUAUGACAUCUGCUGCUUUAGACUUUACUGCUCCUAUGAAGAACAGUAUUGAUGCCGUUUCAGACCGAGAUUUUGUCAUGGAGUUUCUUUCUGCAAAUGCUAUUACGGCCAUUCAUCUCUCCCGGCUUGGUGAAGAAUGGGUAUUGUGGGCUUCAGAGGAGUUUGGAUUUCUCACACCAAGUGACAAGGUUUCAACAGGAAGUAGUAUCAUGCCUCAGAAGAAAAAUCCAGAUCCAAUGGAACUUGUUCGUGGAAAGUCGGCUAGAGUAGUAGGAGACCUGGUUACCCUUCUCACAUUGUGCAAAGGACUUCCCCUUGCUUAUAAUCGUGAUUUGCAGGAAGAUAAAGAACCUGUCUUUGACAGCGUGAAGACAAUAUUGGGGAUGCUUGAAGUGUCUGCAGAGUUUGCGCAGAACGUUACUUUUAAUAGGGAGAGAAUACAAAAGAGUUUACCUGCUGGUCAUCUUGAUGCCACAACACUUGCUGAUUAUCUCGUGAAGAAGGCAAUACCUUUCAGAACUUCUCAUGACAUAGUUGGAAGGGCAGUGGCCGUGUGCGUCUCAAAAAGUUGCCAACUUCAGGACUUGAGUCUCGAUGAGCUCAGAAGUAUUCAUCCAGUGUUUGACAAGGAUGUGUACGAGUUUCUUGGAGUAGAGAAUUCAGUUAAGAAAUUCUCCUCCUACGGUUCCACAGGGUCAUCCUGCGUUGCCAGUCAACUUGGCGACUGGAUUACAAAACUUGAAAUCACCGAAGGGGUUUGACAAAAAUGGUGCUAGCUGAAAAAAAUUUGGAAACCAUCACGUGGUCUUGGGAGUAGGCGGAUUCAGCGAGUACGAAAUCUGUCGAGAAGUGUAUAAUAUUUUUUGUAGUAUGUUAAGAUCCCACCAAGGAUCAGAUUGCUGUUGCAGGAGGACGUGCUUCUGUUACGAUGAAUUCAAUUUUUCCGCCUUUUUGGUGGAGAAAUAAUAAAUUACUAGAAUUCAUUGGUCCCGUGUUUUGGAAACUUUUUCCAUUUGCCUUUAUGAAUAACAAAUUUGUCA